AUGUCUGACAAGUCAUUCGUCCUUCCCUGUUCUCCCUCUAUCCUGCGUCUGGAUCGUUUUGACGUUGUUUCUUCUGAUGAGCCUGAAAUUCCUUUUUGGCGGAUCCUAUCCUGUAUCUUGGCCGAGUCAUUAAACUCAGUCAUGGACAGCUCAUCUCUCAUCGAUAUCCUGGAAACCAUAUCCGUUGUUUUACACGGAGAGGCUGCCAGGAACUACGAAUUCCUAACAGAAUUUCUCGACAAGUAUCUGACAACAUCCACUACUGGACCAAGCAAGUUCUUUCUAUCAACGUGGCCACGUCUCGUUCGUCUUGCUCUACAGCUACCGUCUUUGUUCCCAACCCAUACCAUCCCUCUGCUCAAAAACGACGAGAACAGCCAGGUUAUUUUAAGCAGAAGGCAAGUUGCAUGUUUGGUCGUACACCAAUUCUUGUGCUCCUUGCCGGCCCAUCCAUGGCAGACAGAGUCCUUCGUCAAUCUGUCACCUUGGUACUCGGCUGGAGAGGCGAUGCACCAAGGAGCCGUGCAGGCUUAUCUAACCGCGCUGUUCACAUAUUUCGAAGCCAUAGAGGCCUCCGAACCAAACAGUGGCGUUUUGCACCACUCAGUGGAAGAUUGGCCCAUCAUUUUCACGUUAAUCGAAAUGCCCGAGGGCAAAUCACCCUCUCUGCUUUGCAAUGCACCAGCCACAUUGAGCCGUUUGACAGUGAUCCAACUCCCACACCAGUCAACAGAUCUCCCAUACCUUGGUCUUCCAGAUGGCGCAUGCGUGAUAUCCGCCAACAAGUGCGUGGGACUCGGUGCAACAGGUACCCAAGAAGAGCUUCAUGUGGGAAUUUCUCCCGAGGCGUACCCAGUCAGCCUCCUAGCGCCCCCUCUGAAGGACCGCCAGGUCCUUGUCUGCCAGGGUGCUGAAGCAAUGGUUACGACGAAAGGUCAUGGAAGAUGGGCCUCCUUAGACGAGGUAUUGCAUACCCGACCAAGGUCAUCGUCAGCAAAUUGGCGCAACCGGAUCAUGCUAUUCAUGGAUGCCCUCGAAUUGGACCUUGUUGACCUCGUCCAUCCACACGGCGGAGGGAAUAUUCCGGAUCUUAUGCCAGGCUAUCUACAUCGGGAGUUGGCGAAAGCCUACACGGCGUUCAGCUCACAUUAUUAUUCCGGGAAUAUUCGGAAACCCUACUCCUUUGUUACGACGGGACAUUGGGGCUGCGGCGCCUUCGGGGGAAAUAAACAGGUUAAAGCAAUAAUACAGUGGUACGCUGCGUCCAUGGCAAAUGUGCCGGAGCUACGAUAUGUAUUAGGUGACGCAGAGCAGAAAAGAUUUGGAGAUGAGCUCAUAAAGUUCGUUGACCAGGUGAUAGAGCACACUAGGAGAGGAUUGGAGCCACGCGAACUCUUCGAUGUGCUUGUCCGUCUGGGUAAAGACAUCCAGAAUGGGAAGUCCUGUGUUCCCUAUCCAGAUGAGAUUUUUGAAUAUGUUUUAAAAGGGGUCUGUAGCGAUGUUUGCUCUCGCUAUGCUCUGGUGACUUGUUUAUCAGUGAAAAUACAUUGUGGUUGCGCCGUGAAAUGA